UGGAGCCUCUAUAUCAGCUCAGAAAACAUGGCCAACCUUCACUGAAUACCAUUGCUUGUCUGUCCACAGAUUGCCUCUAACAACACAGUCAGUGUAUUCCUCCAUCCAUUAUCUUCAAAUUCGGCUGAACCAAAAUCUAAUCCCAAACUCUGAAUAAGUGUGAUUCCACAGACUGAGCAAGGGAAACAUCUGAAUCAGGAAAGGCAGGACCAGAACAAGAAGGCAGGGCAACAUCCAAAGAGAUUUUGACAUCAUGCCUAGAACUAAAAGAGCGAGACCACAAGUUGGUGAAAGUUCCAACCCUUCACGACGCGAAGAACAACAGCCUCAAAUGCAGUCAUAUCCUACUGAUGAUUUUCUCACUGAAAGUCAUGCACUAGCCUUUCCAAACUUUUCUGCCCGACCGAUUGUAACAGGGAGAAGGGUAAAUCUUCCAUCUCAAUAUGAUGCACUAUUAAUUAGUAAACUUGAAGCAAUGGGAUGGAAAAACUUAAUUAAUUUUCCCCAAAAGGUAUAUCCACGGUUGGUAGCUCUAUUUUAUGUUCACCAAAGAGCUACUCAGGAAGAAGAUGGAAAUUUUACUCUUUUGUCGUAUGUGAAAGGAAAAGGUAUACAGUUUGAUAUUCCUACUUUGGUAAGCAUUGUUGGAGUUGAGUUAGGUGUUGAAAAUAUUCAUUUUCAGACUGAGGGUGAGUUAGCUAAUAUCGUUGGUAAUGCUACUGAUGUCUUGACUACUAUUUGUCGGAAUAGAUUUACUGGGACUAGUUUACAAGCAAGACAUUUAAAACCUCAUCUUCGGAUUCUCCACCAGUGGAUUAUAGAAAAUGUCACUCCAAAAAAAGCACACCAUGAUGCAGUCCCAUAUUUUAAUGCCUAUUUGUUAUACUGUUUUGAAGUUGGUCAGAAGGUAGAUUUGUGUUACAUAAUUAUGAAAGAAAUGGUACUGGCAAAUCAAGGUCAAUUCACAGGUCGGUCAUUACUGUUUGGGACACUCUUAACAAAAAUUUUCAAACAUUUUAAGGUUCACCUUGCAGAUGAAAUGGAUAUCAAAAUCCGUUCACCUAUUAAUCAGUAUACAGUGACCCGUGCAUUUGUGGGCUCGCGAUUUUUUAGCGGGCCGGGCCGACCCAUGGGCUAA